ACUGAGCAGAGAGGUUGUUUUCGUUAAAGCUAGUCGACGAGCCGGAGUCUCACCGAGACUAUUUCUCGGUUAGCUCGCGCGUAUAUUCCAACGUUCGACCGCGACUCAAUCGUGAUAGCGAAUAAUCGUACAAUCAGUCGCGAUACGAAUGUCUUGAACGUGCGCCCAACGAUCGUUCGACGAAUUUUCGCAGUUCAAAUUACUUUUCGGAGUUGCAUGGGAAUCUCGGAGUGCGAUUUUGAAAGUGAGAUAUACUCGACGCCCCAGUGUGAGAGAAUGCUCAAGUGUUUGUGUCGACAAGGAUAAUACAGUUUUUCUAUUAUAUUAUGAGAUUGCAGUGUUUCCAGCAGUGAGAUUUAUGUGUUAUUACAAAUCGGAGUACAACUCGAUGGUCUUCGCGUCUCUUGCGCCUUUCGGCGGAUAUGCGAGGGCACGAGAAAAUGCGCUUAAAAAGUGUUAAAAUCUCAGAAUUGUCGAUCUAGUGUUGUCACGGAAUACUCAUUUCACUCACGCUUCAUGCAUCUUUGAAUUCUGAGAAGGUUCGACUUGUGUAAGAUGCUGAAUGCUGUCGCGUGCAUUCACCGGAGCGACUGCUGAGCGACGGGUAGCUUCGCGCGAUACAGUUCCAGCCGAGAAAACUUAUUUGAGCUUCGCGUUCUGCAAUUAGGAUUGUUGCUAUCAUCGCCGAGCAAUUUCUGAAAACAAAAACACUGAACCAAUGAAUGGUCUGGCGAAGAGUGCUCCAGAUCAGAAAAACACAGGCUGUAUCCAUGGGACCGGCACUACCUCGGACACCAGCAACAACAACGUGUCGAGAAAAAUGGAUCGACUCUAAUCGUUCCGAGUUUGAUACAAGUCAAAAAAAGUAAAUUCAUAACAAUUUUUGUAUUUCAUCAAGUUGUAAAAAAAAAUCGUAAAGUCAAUCGAGAAUCAUUUCGAGAGGAUUAUCAAUCCAAGAAUCAUUGUCGUUAUUUAAGGUUGUUGGAAUCUGUGACGACAGGAAGAUGUGAAUGACGGGAAGUCCGAUCAGAGGUGGCUACGAGGAUCCGCGACUGCCGAAAAUACGAUCAAAGUGGAUGUGGUGGAGGUGUGACGGUGGUGGAAGUAGUAGGUGGUUGUGGACGACUGCAGCGAGGUCGCGGCCGAAAGUGCAACGGGUGCCGCACGCGUAGUUGGUGUCGGUGGUGGUUAUUGUUGUUAUUGUGUUUGAGUGCCCGUGGUGACGGUGCUAAUCGUCGUCCACGUUGUUACCAUGGUUUCCACGUCCUUCGUGACUCUGGUGUUCCUCGUGUGUCUGCAAACGGUACUACUAUCGACUGUGAGCAAUUGCGCGAAGACGAUCACCAUGUACUGGAACACUACCAACUCCAUAUUUCGAAUAGACAAUACAGAUCACAUAAUUGACGUAAACAAGAACAAUGCAGCGUUUGAAUACGAUCAAGUCAAUAUAAUAUGUCCUGUAUAUCCCUCGGAUUCAUACGUUGAUGACGACGCCGAGAAGUAUAUCAUCUAUAACGUGUCCAAAGAAGAAUAUGACACGUGUCGGAUAACGAAUCCCAGUCCGCGGAUAAUAGCGCAAUGCGAUAAGCCGCGACGAACGAUGUACUUUACCAUCACCUUCAGGCCGUUUACGCCACAACCCGGAGGACUCGAGUUUCUUCCGGGCCAUGAUUACUACUUCAUCAGCACCUCGUCUAAAGACGACUUACAUAGGCGUAUCGGCGGUCGGUGUACCAGCCACAACAUGAAGGUCGUUUUCAAGGUCUGCUGCAGCAACGAUGCUGAAACAUCGUCCUCGUCGGCGACAUCACGCAAUAACUCCAUGACCGUGACCAGCAGCACUGUGCCCAGCAGCAGCUCGACCAGCACUGCGGUUGUGGGCGGUGGAGCUGCUGGAGUACCGUCCCAGCCGUUGCCACCAUCGGUAAUCAGACAUGACGAAAAUCGAUAUUAUCCAGUAGAAUCGAUCAAUGGUCACCGUAACCAACAGUCAGCUACGGCAGAGCCGACGCUAUCCCAUGUGCCCCCACCGGUCUAUCCUGGACAUCCACACCAGCCACAGCAACCGAUUCACAAUGGACUGCCGUCCUCGAUCACGCCGCCCAAGACAUCAACAGAUCAGAAGAAAAAGAACAAAGAGUACUCGGACCAUCCAAACGAGGUGGUGAAGAACGAAGAGCUGACGUAUAACAGCGCGAGCUCGUACGGCUCGCAAAUCCGGUACGCGCAAAGCCUGAUCCUAGCAACGAUUAGCCUGUUGAUAAGCACGCUGCUGCAGCAACUGCUGCGGUGAAGCGAUAGCACUGGUCACAUACGAGAACGUCGUAUAUCCCAUGCGUCAAAACCCCUUCUUCUGUGAUUAUCCUACGUUUAAUUGAUUUCUUGAGUAGCGCGCGAGACACAUACGCGCGUUUCUCGGCCGUCCCUCGAUCGUAGUGAGACACGCACGAUCCAUGGUCGCGCCGACUCGAGAGAUAGCAGAUAGAAGAAAGAAGAAACGAGACAAAAGAGAAAGAGAGAGAGAGAGAGAGAGAGAGAGAGAAAGAAAUAAAAAAAAAAACAAAACAAGGAGAAUGAGAGAAAAAACGCGUCAAGAGAAGAGAGACAUUCACGGCACACGAGCGCGGCAACGCUGUAUUACUUACAAUUAACGAAAGCAACGGAAAUUCCAAAGGUGAAAUACACCAUAGGACGACGAAGACGACGAAAAACGGAAGUAGCCGAAAAAGCGGGGGAAAAAGACAGAAAAAAAACACUACUACUAGACUCUACUUAUAGUACACGCCCACUAUUAUCACUACUAUAAAUGGUAGUCGUAUUGGUUGUCCUUCUUAUCAUUACGCUAACUGUAGGUAUUUAUUCGAAUACGGAGAAGCGGAAGUCAUGGCAGUGUGCUAAGUAUCCUCGAACGAUAGCGAAAAGUGACGAGAAAAAAAGAACAUUAAAUAUAUGCACUAGUAGCAGGUCAUCUACGUGACCGUCAGAUCACGUCUCUUGACUUCAAGUGUCGCGAAUCCUUCAUUCAGAACGAUAUAUUGCGUGGGCUCGAUUAACAACGAACGGUCCUUCGUUAAGGGGUCCUUGCUUGGGACCGAUAAAAAAAAAUACAGAUUUGUUCUGAGUGCGAUCGUCCGAGUGCGCCGUGCUUCGAGAAAAGAGUACCUGAAAAUCUUUGAGGAUGCUGUCAGUUUGUGGUCAAGUUGGCAAUUAAUCCAGAGUUCGCAAUUUUUGUCUCGAGAGGUUCUCGAGAACUUUAACAUCUUUAAGAUCUCAAAACGAGCUGUAUUUCUCGAUAAUUGAACAAGCGCUUGAGAAGAAUUAAAAAAUCGUGUGAAAGUAAUCGUGCGGCGUUCGAGCUCGGACUGAUCGCGGGACGCCGAGGACGAAGGAUCAUUCGAGUUUGCAUGCGAGAUCGUGAGUAGGAUAGUUAGCACGCGUGUAAAUAAAAUUCCUAAUGAAUAUGUACAAGUGGCUUUUGCGGCCGCCUUCACCAACCGACAACAGAAAAGGUUUAAGAGAGUGCCGUAUUUCUAGAUAAAUCUUAUAAUAUGAAAAAAAAAACGUAAGAGAGAAAAUGUAAAACGUGUAAGUGUUACGUGAUUGCGAUGUAGAUAUGUGCGUUACGCGAUUGUAAUGCGAGCAUCUUGAAGAGACUCGUCGAAGAAAGCGACUUAAAUGAAUCCUUGCCAUUACGACAAUCUACAUAUUGUCGCGAGUCAGCAACGAAGAAUAGUGUUAUCGUUGAUUCGUAAGCGUCGUAUUCAGGCAGGAAAGAUAGUGGAAAAAAGGCAUGCAAGAAAGAGACUGAGUGAAUCGAAUAAGAGAAAAUUGUAUAAUAAUUGUAUCAUA